AUGGCUGCUCUCAAAACUCGCCUUGGCUUCACAACCACGACCUCGUUCUCUCUCUUUUGCAUCUUCAGUGGUCUCCUAUUUCUCUUCUCAACUAUUCACCUUCCAUACAUCAACAUAGACGGUGUAUUCUGCGCAAAAGGAAACCUGUGGGCCGUCCCUGGAGAAUGUUAUGUUUUCCAGAAACCAGGCCUUAUGCGGUUCGGCAUGUUGUUACACCUGGUGACGAUCUUACCCGCGGGUGCUCUGGUGUGUUUUCAGUUCAUACCAGCUCUCCGAAGACCGAAGUAUAUCAAGUUCCACCGCGUGAAUGGAUACGUCGUUUUGGUACUCUCGGCCUUGGGAACAGCAGCGGCAUUAAUUAUUGAGAGUGAGGCUAUGGGUGGGAUAUUGUCGAAUAGGAUAGGGACAUGGACGCUUGCGACGCUUGUUACUACCGCAAUGGUGAAGGGCUAUGUCAGUAUCAAGAACAAAGAGAUCGAAAAGCAUCGUGCUUGGAUGCUGAGGGCCUGGUUUUGGGUGAGCACUCCGUCACCAAAGACCUAA